UUAGUAAUCCACUUCUCUUCUGCCUCCAAAGCAACACCUACCUGGACUAACUAACUGGACUAAAAGAAAGAACAUUUUACAACUAUUUCCGCAUUUUUACUCCAUUUAAAUUAGUAACACUAAUGUUUGACAGUUUUUGCUGUGAUUUUGUGUCCUUUGGAAAUACGUCAUGUCGUCAUAUAACAGUAUAAUUAUUUAAACACGUUUAUUCUUGCCAGGAAGAAACAAAAGGCUGCGUUAAGGGUUCCCAGGCCACUGUGGGAUGCUAACAGACUGGUGCUACGUUGAGGCUAAAGGAGCAUGGUGAAACACCAACCCUUCCAGGUCUAUGAGAAGCAGGUGUUCGUGUCCUUUGUCACUGGCAUCUAUGGUUGCCGUUGGAAACGGUACCAGCGCUCUCAGGACGACAGCUCCAAGUGGGAAUGUUCGUGGUUUGUCAUCCUGUGCUGCUCCUUUUUUCUGCUUCUCUUUUGGGCCUACUUCUGGUUGGUGGCUCAAAAUGACUUUAAUGAGUUCAACUGGUCUGUAUACAACCGCUCUGGAGAAUGGAGGGAUGAGACCAUCCCCAUACUGGCAUCCACCAUUGCCGGAUUCAGCUAUAUUUCAGUCUUGAUGAUCUUGGCACUUUUCCACAUAUCCUUGGGCCAACAGUUAAAUCUCUACUGGCUGCACAAGAUUGGAGUGCUGGCCACGCUGCUCACCACUAUCUCUGGUGUGGUCUCUGUUGAGGACAUUUGGGGCGAGGAGUGGGAUGUCCUGCUAGUGUCCCUGCAUUCCACAGCACCUUUCCUGCACAUUGGAGCGCUAACAACCAUCACAGCUCUCAGCUGGCUGGUAGCUGGAUAUGUGGUCCGCAGAGAAAGAUCCAAUUUCCAAAUGACAAUAUUAAUCAUCUACGCCAUCAUUCUCCUGACCCUAUAUUUGGCACCGCUCUCAUUUUCCUGUCCCUGUAUAAUGGACAGCCCCAGCCUCAAACCUCGACCAGAUGUUAUUGGCCGACGAGGAGCACCAAUGCUGGCCCCAGAAAACACCAUGGUGUCGUUCAACAGAGCCCUCCAGCAUGGAGCCAUCUCCCUGGAGGCUGACGUCACUCUCAGUGUGGACGGGGUUCCGUUCCUCAUGCGAGAUCGCACCUUGAGACGAACCACUGACGUCAAGAGGGUCUUUCCAGACAGACAGCAUGACGACGCUACGUCCUUCAACUGGACAGAUUUACGGUCGCUCAACGCAGGCCGGUGGUUUCUGGAGAGGGACCCCUACUGGACAGUAGAGACGUUGACCGGCAGGGAUCGGAGCAGAAUAGGCAACCAGACGGUUUGCAGUCUGUUGGAAAUGCUUCGUCUAGCAGUCAGAGCCAACAGCUCGGCGCUGCUUAACGUCCGCAGACCCCCACCAGGACACCCCCGCUACCGGAGCUGGUUCAUGGACACGAUGUGGGCCGUGCAAAAAGCAGGAAUUUCCCAAAAGAGGGUGAGGACUGUGACAUGGACCCCAGACACCGACAGGGGGCGGGUUCGAGGCUUUCAGCAGACGACCAAUGAGAAGCUGUCGAUAUCUGAGAUCAGGCAAAGGGGCAUCACAAGCCUGACCCUUCACUACAGCAAGGCCAGUCACAAAGAUAUACAGGAAUAUCUGGCAAACAAUGUGAGUGUGACUGUCUAUCCAGUGAACAAACCAUGGCUGUACUCACUCCUGUGGUGUAGCGGGGUGCCUUCUGUGUCCUCUGAUGCCCCCCAAGUCCUCCGAAAGGUGCCUUACCCCAUCUGGCUCAUGAGUCAGAAAGCUUACAGCUUCAUCUGGAUCACAUCUGAUCUCGUCUCGCUGGCCGUGGUGAUCGGACUCUUCAGUUUUCAGAACUUUCAUAUGAUCAGGUGGAGGAUGAGCGCCAUGCACAACUGCAACCCUGAGCAGAUCAUGCUGAGCGCUGUGCCAAAUCGCUCCGGUCGGGACGUCAACAUCAUGAAGGAGAAGCUCAUCGUCUCAGAAUUCAACAAUGGGCUGAGCAGUACAGAGGAGCUGUCUCUUUAUCCCGAUGACCCUUUUGCAACGUACUCUCACGACGGCCUCAAUCGCUGAAUCCUUUUACUGAACGAGAGGCAAAAACAUAGUGUGUAAAGGUCCAGGACUGUUGAUGGCCUUCUUUAAACGAUCAUGCAGCACGUCUACAAAGAGAUCGUGCGGCGAGAGUUGUAGCAAGGCAACUGGUGGCUGCUUCACCAUGACAUCGUGUCUGUCGACAUUCUGGCAGGGCCGGCCCGUCAACCACUCAAUGGAAGUUUUUUUUUAGGGCCACUACCAGUAGGGUGGGCACGUGUAAAUAAUUAAAGAUUUUAUCCAUCCAUCCAUCCAUCUUCUUCCGCUUAUCCGAGGUCGGGUCGCGGGGGCAGCAGCCUAAGCAGGGAAGCCCAGACUUCCCUCUCCCCAGCCACUUCGUCUAGCUCUUCCCGGGGGAUCCCGAGGCGUUCCCAGGCCAGCCGGGAGACAUAGUCUUCCCAACGUGUCCUGGGUCUUCCCCGUGGCCUCCUACCGGUUGGACGUGCCCUAAACACCUCCCUCGGGAGGCGUUCGGGUGGCAUCCUGACCAGAUGCCCGAACCACCUCAUCUGGCUCCUCUCGAUGUGAAGGAGCAGCGGCUUUACUUUGAGUUCCUCCCGGAUGGCAGAGCUUCUCACCCUAUCUCUAAGGGAGAGACCCGCCACACGGCGGAGGAAACUCAUUUCCGCCGCUUGUACCCGUGAUCUUAUCCUUUCGGUCAUGACCCAAAGCGCAUGACCAUAGGUGAGGAUGGGAACGUAGAUCGACCGGUAAAUUGAGAGCUUUGCCCUCCGGCUCAGCUCCUUCUUCACCACACCGGAUCGGUACAACGUCCGCAUUACUGAAGACGCCGCACCGAUCCGCCUGUCGAUCUCACGAUCCACUCUUCCCCCACUCGUGAACAAGACUCCUAGGUACUUGAACUCCUCCACUUGGGGCAGGGUCUCCUCCCCAACCCGGAGAUGGCACCCCACCCUUUUCCGGGCGAGAACCAUGGACUCGGAUUUGGAGGUGCUGAUUCUCAUUCCGGCCGCUUCACACUCGGCUGCGAACCGAUUCCAGUGAGAGCUGAAGAUCCCGGCCAGAUGAAGCCAACAGGACCACAUCGUCUGCAAAAAGCAGAGACCUAAUCCCGCGGCCACCAAACCGGAACCCCUCAAUGCCUUGACUGCGCCUAGAAAUUCUGUCCAUAAAAGUUAUGAACAGAAUCGGUGACAAAGGGCAACCUUGGCGGAGUCCAACCCUCACUGGAAACGUGUCCGACUUACUUCCAGCAAUGCGGACCAAGCUCUGACACUGAUCGUACAGGGAUCGGAGUGCCAUAAUAAGACAGUCCGAUACCCCAUACUCUCUGAGCACUCCCCACAGGACUUCCCGAGGGACACGGUCGAAUGCCUUCUCCAAGUCCACAAAGCACAUGUAGACUGGUUGGGCAAACUCCCAUGCACCCUCAAGAACCCUGCCGAGAGUAUAGAGCUGGUCCACAGUUCCACGACCAGGACGAAAACCACACUGUUCCUCCUGAAUCCGAGGUUCGACUAUCCGGCGUAGUCUCCUCUCCAGUACACCUGAAUAAACCUUACCGGGAAGGCUGAGGAGUGUGAUCCCACGAUAGUUGGAACACACCCUCCGGUCCCCCUUCUUAAAGAUUUUAUUCCUUCAAUAAAUCUGUCAGUUAUAAAAGACCACGUCAGAUGAAAUAUUUUUUGCUAUCCAAGUUCAAUAAUAGAAUCUAAUUACGAAUGUGUAACACUAACUACACCCCCUUGCAAAAAUGCGAAACAAAUAUUUCACUCUUCAAGUGGUGACUUGAAAGUGACCCCAAAAGGAAUAUGUGGUAGGAAAUGUAUGGAUGAAAGUGAAUAAUGACUGGUUGUAUGAUUAUUAAAACUCAAAUUCUUGGUACCUUAUGUAACAUUUUUUGCAACUACUUUCUUCUGAAUUUGGAAAUGUAGUCCUGGAACUUUUCUGGCAGACUUUGUUCCCCUCGUGAGCUGGUAGAAAGCAAAUAUAUGCUCCAAGGCCUAAAAAUGUAUAUGUCGCAUACACAACAUUGAUGCACCAAUAAAAUUAUAUAUAAGCUACUCUUUUUAUGUAA